GUACUGAGCAACAACAUCUCCUGGCUCUCUCCUGUAAGUCCCCUCCAGAGUUACUCUCAACCUCAGGCAGAUGAAAACUGAACUUUGUACACAACACAAAAAGUGAGAAGAAAGAGGACGUGACAUGCUCUGUAAAACAGAACUAAGAGGAAGACUUAUAGCAACAUGGAACCCACCAUUGCAGGGAGGAAGAAAGUAGAGGGACAAGCCUGCUACCGAUACCUAUGAACAAUCUCACAGUAACUUGUAUCUAUCGAACUUUAAGAUUUUCAAGUAAUAUGCUGCCUUUGCAGGACAAAGAGAUGUUAAUGGUAAGAGGGCUAUUUAUUCAAUAUACUGCAUAGAGGAGCUGCAAAGACAAUGGCUUCAAAGGUCUCGUGUCUCUAUGUUUUGACAGUCGUGUGCUGGGCUAGUGCUCUUUGGUACCUAAGUAUAACUCGUCCUACUUCUACCUACACCGGCUCUCGGCCAUUUACUAAUGUUGCUGCGGCCAGGAAGAAUGUUACCUUUGGUAACAUAAGAACGCGACCUAUAAACCCUCAUGCAUUUGAGUUUCUCAUAAACGAGCCCAAGAAAUGUGAGAAAAGCACCCCCUUCCUUGUUAUCCUCAUUAGUACCACACACAAGGAAUUUGAUGCCCGACAGGCUAUCCGAGAGACGUGGGGAGAUGAAAACAACUUUAAGGGGAUCAAAAUCGCCACUCUCUUUCUCCUAGGGAAGAAUGCCGAUCCUGUUCUAAAUCAGAUGGUGGAACAAGAAAGCCAGAUCUUCCAUGACAUCAUCGUAGAGGACUUCAUUGACUCGUACCAUAACCUCACCCUCAAAACUUUAAUGGGGAUGAGAUGGGUUGCCACUUUCUGCUCAAAAGCCAAGUAUGUCAUGAAAACAGAUAGUGACAUUUUUGUAAACAUGGAUAAUCUCAUCUAUAAACUACUAAAACCCAACACCAAACCAAGGAGAAGAUACUUCACUGGCUAUGUCAUCAAUGGAGGACCAAUCCGGGAUGUCCGCAGUAAGUGGUACAUGCCCAGAGAUUUGUACCCAGAUAGCAAUUACCCACCGUUCUGCUCAGGGACUGGUUAUAUCUUUUCAGCCGAUGUGGCAGAACUCAUUUACAAGACCUCACUCCACACAAGACUGCUUCACCUUGAAGAUGUGUAUGUGGGACUGUGUCUUCGGAAGCUGGGUAUUCACCCUUUUCAAAACAGUGGCUUCAAUCACUGGAAAAUGGCCUACAGCUUGUGUAGAUAUCGCCGAGUCAUUACUGUGCAUCAGAUCACACCCGAAGAAAUGCACAGAAUCUGGAAUGAUAUGUCAAGCAAGAAACAUCUCCGGUGUUAAGAUUUUUACAGAUGUAAAUAUCUUUUAUUUCUUU